AUGUCCCUCAACCUCCUGGAAAAACAGGUCAUCUCAGAAGUAGGGGUCAGGACCUUGGUGGGCAACCAGAAGCAGGAAGUGCUACUCAGGAGGCUGAGGGAGGAUGAACCCACCACCCCGCCCACUGGGGACCUUUUCACAGCAGCCAUGAACAUGAUCCUGCCAGACUUCAAGAAGCCAGCCUGCUUUGGCACCUACAUCAUCUGCUACUUCACUGGCAUCAGCAGUGAGAGCGACGUCCCUGACCUCUUCCACAUCACCUCCAGGUACCCCCUUAUGGACAAGCUAGAGGAGGUCUACUUCCGGAUCCAGGACCUGGAGAUGUUUGAACCUGGCCGGAUGCACCGCCUCCAGGAGCUCACAGGGGACAACUACCUGCAGAGCCCCAGUGGCCGGCAGCUCAAGGAGGCCGUGGAGAAGUUCCGGGAGUGGCAGACCCAGUGCCCUGACUGGUUUGAACAUGAGAACCUUUGCUCCGCGGAUGACCAGAACCUCCCGUCCCUGGACGAAGAAGUGUUUGAGGAGCCACUGCAGCCGCCGGGGAGCGGGAUGGUCAGGCAGAAGCCCCUGGUGCGGGAACCUGCCUCCAAGGGCUGCCUGAGGGUAGAUUUAUGUGUGGGUGAGGAAGGAAGGGGGAUGUCCAGGGUGGCACCCCAAUUGCAGCCCCAGGGGGAGGCCAUCCAAACUGUGGUGCUCCCCAGAGAGCAGGUCCCUGCUGCUUGUGCCGUGGAGCUGGUUCCUCUUUCUGACAGCAGCGUGGCCAGCCGGCUGACCUGGGUGGAGGAGGGCGAGGCCUGCCCCCUGCUGGAGGAUCGUGGCCUCCAGAGAAAGAGCCUCCUCUUCCUCCCCGGGGACCCUGAGGACUCGCCUCUCUGCAGCACUCCAGUGGCGUCACCUGGCCACCUCCCCGAUGGCGUGAGGGAGCAGCUGGGGGGCUUGAUGCUCUCACUUCUGCAGCAGAGUCUGAAGAGCCAGGCCCAGGGUGCAUGGGAAGACCCUGCCCUUGUCCUCAAGGACCCCUCCAUACCCUGUGAGGAGGAGCAGCGGCAGUCCGUGCAGUCGGACCAGGGCUACAUCUCCAGGAGCUCCCCACAGCCCCCUGAUGGGCUUGGGGAAAUGGAGGAGGAGGAGGAAGAACAGGACCUAGGGAAGUCAGCUGAGCAGCUGUCUCCUGAGCUUCUGCAGGACCUGAGGAGCCUCCAGCAGCAGCUUUUCUUCCAAGAUCUCCAAAAGAACUCUGGCUGGGACAGUGUGGAGUCAGAGAGGCCGGCUACAGAAUAGCAGGCCGCUUCCUAGGGCCUCCCUGGUCCUGACCCUCCAUAGGGUAUUCAUGUGCAUGUGGGUGUACAUGUGUGUGUGUGUGUGUGUGUGUGUGUGUGUGUGAG